AUUCGAUGUUCGUCCAUUUCGUUAAAGGUGGUCUAAGAGUCUGUGCGUUGUAAUUUAGUUGAGAUUGUAAAUCGAUAUUCAUCGUUAUCUGUGAGCUGUCUGCGAAUUAUUUUAGUAUCAGAUUCAUCAUGCAGAUCUUUGUAAAAACUCUUACUGGGAAAACCAUCACUUUGGAAGUCGAAGCUUCAGAUACCAUAGAAAAUGUUAAGGCCAAAAUUCAGGACAAAGAAGGAAUUCCUCCUGAUCAGCAGCGUUUGAUUUUUGCCGGUAAGCAACUAGAAGAUGGAAGAACCCUUUCCGAUUACAACAUCCAGAAAGAAUCCACACUUCACCUUGUUUUGCGCCUUCGAGGAGGAAUGCAAAUCUUCGUGAAAACUCUCACUGGAAAAACCAUUACCCUUGAAGUCGAGGCCUCAGACACUAUAGAAAAUGUAAAAGCUAAAAUCCAAGACAAAGAAGGCAUUCCUCCCGAUCAACAACGUCUAAUCUUUGCUGGUAAACAGUUGGAAGAUGGAAGAACCCUUUCCGAUUACAACAUCCAGAAAGAAUCCACACUACAUUUAGUUUUGAGACUUCGGGGAGGUCUCUAAAAAGCUGAAGUUCAUAACAAAAUGCUAGUCAUCAUACGUCAGAAAUAGUAGUUGUAGUAUUGGAGUAGUGAUAAAUUUAUUAUUUUUUUUUUCUUUAUGUGCGCUCCAAGUCUAUAUAUAUCUAUACAUGCUUUUUAUCACUUUCUGAACUUUUAUUCUCAAAUAAAAGUACGAUAAGAAUGCAACAAAUUGUAAUCCAUGUGAGUGUGGCAUUCUCAUGUGCAAUAAACUACAAAAUUACAUCGCAUUUA